GACGGGCUUCCCGGCUGCCCGAAGUGGGAGUGGUGUGGGCUGCCGGAAGGAGAGAGGAAGAGGAGCAGAAGCGGGCAAGCAGCGGCCUCCGCUAGCGGCCUCCGCUGACGGCCUCCCGGGGCGCUGAGAGGCUGGGCCGGCUCCCGGCUCGCUCGUCAGUUCGUGCCGCCGCCUCGGCCAUUCGGCCCCGGGGCCCGGACUUGCGGCGCGCGUCGGGGCGGAGGGCUGCUAUCGCCGCGCAGGGAGAGGCCCGGUCCUCGCCGCCGAGGGAUGUUUCGGAAGCAGGCAAGGCAACAAGAUGUGACCUGUUUCUCUUCUGCAGAAGAGGCCCUUCCUCCCCUUCCCGCGAAGGCAAAUGUUCUGAAAAAAGACUGCAUGGGAAUGGCAUGCCUUACAAUGACAGAAAUGGAAGGAACAUCUUCAUCUCCUGUACAUCAGAAUGGUGAUAUUCCUGGAAAUGCUAAUUCUGUGAAGCAAAUAGAUCCAAUCCUACAGGUCUAUCUUUAUCAUUCCCUUGGAAAAGCUGAGGGGGAUUAUCUGAAGUUUCCAACUGGAGAGUAUGUUGCAGAAGAGAUUUGUGUUGCUGCUUCUAAAGCUUGUGGAGUCACACCUGUGUAUCAUAGUAUGUUUGCUUUAAUGAAUGAAACAGAAAGGAUCUGGUAUCCACCCAACCACGUCUUCCAUAUAGAUGAAUCAACCAGGCACAAUGUACUCUACAGAGUCAGAUUUUACUUUCCUUACUGGUAUUGUAAUGGCAGCAACAGAACCUAUAGGCAUGGAAUAUCUCGAGGUGCUGAAGCUCCUCUUCUUGAUGACUUUGUCAUGUCUUACCUUUUUGCUCAGUGGAGGCAUGAUUUUUUGCAUGGAUGGAUAAAAGUACCUGUUACUCAUGAAACACAGGAAGAAUGUCUUGGGAUGGCGGUGUUAGAUAUGAUGAGAAUAGCCAAAGAAAAGGAUCAGACGCCCCUGGACAUCUAUAGCUCUGUCAGCUACAAGACAUUUUUACCAAAAUGUGUUCGAGCAAAGAUCCAAGACUAUCAUAUUUUGACAAGGAAGCGAAUAAGGUACAGAUUUCGCAGAUUUAUUGAGCAAUUCAGCCAUUGCAAAGCCACUGCCAGAAACUUGAAACUUAAGUAUCUUAUAAAUCUGGAAACUCUUCAGUCUGCCUUCUACACAGAGCAAUUUGAAGUAAAAGAACCUGGAAGAGGUCCUUCAGGUGAGGAGAUUUUUGCAACCAUUAUAAUAACUGGAAACGGUGGAAUUCAGUGGUCAAGAGGGAAACAUAAAGAAAGUGAGACACUGACAGAACAGGAUUUACAGUUAUAUUGUGAUUUUCCUGAUAUUAUUGAUGUCAGUAUUAAACAAGCAAACCAAGAAGGCUCAAAUGAAAGCAGAAUUGUAACUAUUCAUAAGCAAGAUGGUAAAAGUCUAGAAAUUGAACUUAUGUCAUUAAGAGAAGCUUUGUCUUUUGUGUCAUUAAUUGAUGGAUAUUACAGGUUAACUGCAGAUGCACAUCAUUAUCUUUGUAAAGAAGUAGCACCUCCAAUGGUGCUUGAAAAUAUACAAAGCAACUGUCAUGGCCCAAUUUCAAUGGAUUUUGCCAUCAGUAAACUGAAGAAAACUGGUAAUCAGACUGGACUCUAUGUACUUCGAUGCAGUCCUAAGGACUUUAAUAAAUAUUUUCUGACUUUUGCUGUUGAGAGAGAAAACGUCAUUGAAUAUAAGCACUGUUUGAUUACAAAAAAUGAGAAUGGAGAAUACAACCUCACUGGUACUAAGAAGAACUUCAGUAAUCUUAAAGAUCUUUUGAAUUGCUAUCAGAUGGAAACUGUUCGCUCAGACAGUAUAAUUUUCCAGUUUACUAAAUGCUGUCCCCCAAAGCCAAAAGAUAAAUCAAACCUUCUAGUCUUCAGAACCAAUGGUAUUUCUGAUGUACCAACCUCACCAACAUUACAGAGGCAUAAUAAUGUGAACCAAAUGGUGUUCCACAAAAUCAGAAAUGAAGAUCUGAUAUUUCAUGAAAGCCUUGGCCAAGGAACUUUUACCAAAAUUUUUAAAGGUGUAAGAAGAGAAGUAGGAGACUAUGGUCAACUGCAUGAAACAGAAGUUCUUUUAAAAGUUCUGGAUAAAGCACAUAGAAACUAUUCAGAGUCUUUCUUUGAAGCAGCAAGCAUGAUGAGCCAGCUUUCUCACAAACAUCUGGUUUUAAAUUAUGGAGUAUGUGUCUGUGGAGAGGAGAAUAUUCUGGUUCAGGAGUUUGUAAAAUUUGGAUCACUAGAUAUAUAUCUGAAAAAGAAUAAAAAUUCUAUAAAUAUAUUAUGGAAACUUGAAGUGGCUAAACAGCUGGCAUGGGCCAUGCAUUUUCUAGAAGAAAAAACCCUUAUUCAUGGGAAUGUGUGCACCAAAAAUAUUCUUCUUAUCAGAGAAGAAGACAGGAAGACAGGAAAUCCUCCUUUCAUCAAACUUAGUGAUCCUGGCAUUAGUAUUACAGUUUUGCCAAAGGACAUUCUGCAGGAGAGAAUACCAUGGGUACCACCUGAAUGCAUUGAAAAUCCUAAAAAUCUAAAUUUGGCAACAGACAAAUGGAGUUUUGGUACCACUUUGUGGGAAAUCUGCAGUGGAGGAGAUAAGCCCCUGAGUGCUUUGGAUUCUCAAAGAAAACUACAGUUUUAUGAAAAUAGGCACCAGCUUCCUGCACCAAAGUGGACAGAAUUAGCAAAUCUUAUUAAUAAUUGUAUGGAUUACGAACCAGAUUUUAGACCUUCUUUCAGAGCCAUCAUACGAGAUCUUAAUAGUUUGUUUACUCCAGAUUACGAACUAUUAACAGAAAAUGACAUGUUACCUAAUAUGAGAAUAGGUGCCUUAGGGUUUUCUGGUGCUUUUGAAGACCGAGACCCUACACAAUUUGAAGAGAGACACUUGAAAUUUCUACAGCAACUUGGCAAGGGUAAUUUUGGCAGUGUGGAGAUGUGCCGGUAUGACCCUCUACAAGACAACACUGGAGAGGUGGUGGCUGUGAAGAAGCUCCAGCACAGUACUGAAGAGCACCUCAGAGACUUUGAAAGGGAAAUUGAAAUCCUUAAAUCCUUGCAACAUGACAAUAUUGUAAAGUACAAGGGAGUGUGCUACAGUGCUGGCCGGCGUAAUCUAAGAUUAAUUAUGGAAUAUUUACCAUAUGGAAGUUUACGAGACUAUCUCCAAAAACAUAAAGAACGGAUAGAUCAUAAAAAACUUCUUCAGUACACAUCUCAGAUAUGCAAGGGUAUGGAGUAUCUUGGUACAAAAAGGUAUAUCCACAGGGAUCUGGCAACGAGGAAUAUAUUGGUGGAGAAUGAAAACAGAGUUAAAAUAGGAGAUUUCGGCUUAACCAAAGUGUUGCCACAAGGCAAAGAAUACUACAAAGUGAAAGAACCUGGUGAAAGUCCCAUAUUCUGGUAUGCGCCAGAAUCACUGACAGAGAGCAAGUUUUCUGUGGCCUCAGAUGUUUGGAGCUUUGGAGUGGUUCUGUAUGAACUUUUCACAUAUAUUGAGAAGAGUAAAAGCCCACCAGCGGAAUUUAUGCGUAUGAUUGGCAAUGACAAACAAGGACAGAUGAUUGUGUUUCAUUUGAUAGAACUCCUGAAGAAUAAUGGAAGAUUACCAAGACCAGAUGGAUGCCCAGAUGAGAUUUAUGUAAUCAUGACAGAAUGCUGGAACAAUAAUGUAAACCAACGCCCUUCUUUCAGAGACCUAGCUCUUCGAGUUGAUCAAAUAAGAGACAGCAUGGCUGGAUGAAAGAAAUGAACUUCACUCUGAGACCAAAAUAGACUUACAGAACAAAGUGUUAUAUUUCACAUUACUGUGGACUGUUACUACAUGUAUCAUUAUUAUGUAUAUCAUGACUUUAGCCAGCAAAGGUGUGGAAGUAUCUGCUCAGAGCUUUCAAAAGUUUAGUGAGUUUUUCUUCAUGAGGACACCAGCCAAAGAUACUGAUGAAAAGUCCUUAGCAAAGAGUUUUGUAAAAAGUUUCGUGAACCUAAUCAGCCAGUUAAUAUCACCUUUGGCAAAAGAAGAAACAGACUUUUUUCAACUCAGAAUUAUGAGAGAUGAAAAAAUUGUAAAUGUUUAAUAUGCACAGAAUACGUAUGUACAGUUUUUACCACAGUGAAUGUAUAAUACCUUGACAUCUUGUGUGAUGUUUUACACAAGAGCUGGUAUUCAUAAAUAAUGUUUUCUAAUUUUUCCAUAGUUGAUCUGUAAUAACUUCACUGUACAAAUUAAGAUGCUCAGAUAAUUGAAUAAGCACCUUUGUGUCCUUGUUCAUCUAUAUCACUGGCCAGCAAUAUAAGCAGCUGUAUACUUUUAGCUUGCUGUUCUAUGUACUGUAAAUAUUUUUCAAAGCAAAGGGAACAAAUGUUUAGUUUUAUUUGUAUAGGGAAUUUCCCUGACUCUAAAGAAUACAUUUUGAGAUGGAACAAGUUUACAAAGAUAUAACACAAUCUAUUUUCUUAUUUCUCUCCCUAGUAUCUGUUUGUGGCGAGUAUGUUUUUUAAAUAGAACUGUCUCCAGGCUUUUCUAAGACUACAGUGAACAGUUUUCUUUUAAAAUUUUGAGAUGACGAAUGCCAGGAAUAUUGUCAUCCCUUGAGCUACUGGCUGCCAAUAAGACUCUUCAAUCCCUGGGACCUAUAGUCAUGGAUUAAAUUUAAGUGUAAGCCAUAAAAUAGAUUGUUUUUCAUAUAUAUAUGCCUAUUAAGAUGCACAGUGGGUUAGGAAUUUUUUCUAAAGAAUUUAUAUUUUAGGGAUUUCAGAAAUCUGUUGCCGCUAUAAAAGAGAUUUUCUUUUGUUAGAUUCUUACAAGGGGGAAAUGAGAGUAAAUUGGUAAAAAAAAAAGAAAGUAUGCUUGUUAAUUUUAUUCAAGAAUGCCAGUAGAAAAUUCAUAAUGUCUUGAAGAAAAAUCAGCAUUUUUCAACUGAGUAUACAGGGUCGUUUGUUACUGUUGUCGUUUGUUUUAGUGCUACUCCAUUUUAGACACCAUACCUAAAAUUUGGUGGAGUUUUUUGUCUGUGUGUUAUUUAUACAAAGUUUAAAAUACUUGGAGAAAAUAGUUUCUUUAUUUUCAAUGCUAUAUGCUUUUUUUCUUUUAACUUGAACUUAAGACUUUUGAUUAUCUUUCUAUUUUUUGGAGCUGGUUUUAAAACGAAUAUUAUAUAAGAAAAAAAUGCCUCACAUAUAAAGUUUGAGUUUUUUGUUGGAAGGAAAGGGAAGAAAUGCUUUUUAUGCUAUCUUUAAAGCAUUUUACCAAAUAGUAGUUACACCAAAUGCACAAAUCAUCUAAAAUAAUAUAUUAGAUUUUAAAAGAUUUCUAGUAAACAUUAUAUUUUGAUGAAAGUUGAAUAUAAUUUUUGUUUAAUUUGUAAAGACUCCUCCAGGAUCUCUGUAUGUAAUACAUUUAAGAGAUCUUCUGUUCUGCUACUUUUCAUGUCCAAAGUAGCAUAUCAUAUAUGUUUGAUUGCAGAUUUUUGUACUAAAACUUAAGUACCUAAAAGUAGAUUCUUAAAGGUUGAUAACAUUUUGUUUAUAAAAACAAGGAUGGUAACUAGGUUUCUUUUUUAAAAGUUUUUCUUUUAAUGUUUCCAUUUUUAGUUUUAGGAGAAAAAUCCCACAUAAACAUCUUAAGUUUUUAGAAUGGGAUGACAGCCUUAUUGUAAAAUUCUAAGUUUUCAAGAGAAUUAUUAUUUAUUGAGGGUUUGUGAUGUUUUAAAUUUUGAUUCUGACCAUACAUAAAAGGAAAUUAACCAUGCAGCUGUUUAGUUGGUUCUGCACAAGACACAGGUAAGUCAGUAUUGUACCAGUUAAUGCCAAAAUGUUUCUUCAAAGUAAUACUCUUCAGAAAUGAGCGUAAAGAUUUUCUUAAAAUUCUGCAAUUCUGUAAAUAUUCCAGUAUUUUAAGUUACACAGUCUUUAUAUAAAUAAUUCCCUAUAUCCAUGACUACCUGCUUUGGGAAAUAGUCACUUUUUCAUGUUAUUUAUGUAUGCUGCCAGUAGCACUAUAAUUUGCUAUGGAAGAGUGCUUUCUUACAACCCAAGACUUCUGCUUUAAAGUCAAGUGAAAUUUUUAUCAAAACCAUAACUCCUGAUAUUUAAAUUUUAUUUAAAGAGUUUUGCUAUAGAGUAGACUUUAGAAAAUACCUAUAGUUCUAUACCUGGGGAGCCAUUCUUUUUGGGGUGGCAUGAUGUGGUCAGAUUGAGACUGUAUUAUUUUCUUCAUUGUGCCUUUAGCAUGUUCCCACAAAACUGAAAUACUCAUGUAAUAAAUAUUCAGAAGUUA